AGCUCCGUUCGGGUGCGAAACAGCGCGAGGCUGCGCAGCGCAGGGGACCCGGGGGUGAGGGGCGCCGGGAGCUGAGACCUCAGCGCGCGGGAUCGCGCAGUCCCGGCUGUCACGUCCUGCAGACCACCGCAACCACCCGGCCCCGGGAGCGAGAGAACUAGGCAUUCGGUUCCUCCGGAUGGGGAAGGGGGCCUCGGAGGGUGCCAUAGGGGCACAUAGGGGCUGUUUCCCGGACACAAGUCCUGGAGAUUGCCCGCUGCCCCUCCCCAGCUCCAUCACAGGCACCUCUAAGCGUCGGGAGCCGGGGGAUGCCAGGACAGUGCGGCGUGAGCGUCCGGGUCCGUGGUGUCACAACGUCCCUUGGGCUGAAUUGGCUCCAGGUGGAAUUGGUUUGCUGGGUCCUGUGCGCUUACAGAGUGCUUUGCCAGACUCCCGGGACACCCCAGUUUGGAAGCCAGCGGGUUGUUUAAUUGUGAGGUGUGCCCCCUCCCCGAGCGGAAGAGGGAUGCACCUUUAACCUUUAAAAAAAAAAAAAAAAAAAAAAAGCAAAAAACAAAAACAAAACCCUAAGUUGGGGACCAAGGGGAAGGGACUGGUACCAAGAGGCUCAGUUCAAAGCCAGCCCUGUGCCUGCCUCUUCUUAACUGUUUAAGGCAAAACUGCAUAGAAAAUCUAAUGGAUGAAGAUGAGAAGGACAGAGCAAAGAGAGCUUCUCGAAACAAGUCUGAGAAGAAGCGUCGGGACCAGUUCAAUGUUCUCAUCAAAGAGCUUAGCUCCAUGCUCCCAGGCAACACUCGGAAAAUGGACAAGACCACUGUGCUGGAAAAGGUCAUCGGGUUCUUACAGAAACACAAUGAAGUCUCAGCACAAACAGAAAUCUGUGACAUUCAGCAAGACUGGAAGCCUUCCUUCCUCAGUAAUGAAGAAUUCACCCAGCUGAUGUUAGAGGCAUUGGAUGGCUUCAUCAUCGCCGUAACGACAGACGGCAGCAUCAUCUAUGUUUCUGACAGUAUCACGCCUCUCCUUGGGCAUUUGCCGUCGGAUGUCAUGGACCAGAAUUUGUUAAAUUUCCUUCCAGAACAAGAACAUUCCGAAGUUUAUAAAAUGCUUUCUUCCCAUAUGCUUGUGACGGAUUCCCCCUCCCCAGAAUUCCUAAAAUCUGACAACGAUUUAGAGUUUUAUUGCCAUCUUCUCAGAGGCAGCUUGAACCCAAAGGAAUUUCCAACUUAUGAAUACAUAAAAUUUGUAGGAAAUUUUCACUCUUACAACAAUGUGCCUAGCCCCUCCUGUAAUGGUUUUGACAACACUCUUUCAAGACCCUGCCGAGUGCCCCUAGGAAAGGAAGUCUGCUUCAUCGCCACUGUGCGUCUGGCAACACCACAGUUCUUAAAGGAAAUGUGCAUAGUUGACGAACCUUUAGAGGAAUUCACUUCAAGGCAUAGCUUGGAAUGGAAAUUUUUAUUUCUGGAUCACAGAGCUCCUCCCAUCAUAGGAUACCUGCCUUUUGAAGUCCUUGGCACCUCAGGCUAUGACUACUAUCACAUUGAUGACCUGGAGCUCCUGGCCAGGUGCCACCAACACCUGAUGCAGUUUGGCAAAGGGAAGUCGUGUUGCUACCGGUUUCUGACCAAAGGGCAGCAGUGGAUUUGGCUGCAGACCCACUACUACAUCACCUACCACCAGUGGAACUCCAAACCCGAGUUCAUCGUGUGCACACACUCAGUGGUCAGUUAUGCAGAUGUCCGGGUGGAAAGAAGGCAGGAGCUGGCUUUGGAAGACCAACCGACAGAGGUCGUGCGCCCCUCAGCACUGAAGGACAAGGACUCAAGCCUGGAACCUCAGCAGCACUUUAAUGCACUUGACAUAGGCGCCUCGGGUCUCACCACCAGUCCUUCACCGUCAGUGUCCUCAAGGAGUUCCCAUAAAUCCUCACACACAGCUAUGUCAGAACCCACCUCCACUCCAACCAAGCUGAUGGCUGAGAACAGCACCACAGCUUUGCCAAGAUCAGCCACCCUACCCCAAGAGUUACCAGUUCCAGGACUCAGCCAGGCAACUACGAUGCCGGCCCCUCUCCCUUCCCCAUCAUCCUGUGACCUCUCACAGCAGCUCCUGCCUCAGACCAUCUUGCAGAGCCCUCCAGCUCCCAUGACCCAGUUUUCAGCACAGUUCAGCAUGUUCCAGACCAUUAAAGACCAGCUGGAGCAGCGGACACGGAUCCUGCAGGCCAACAUCCGGUGGCAACAGGAAGAGCUGCACAAGAUCCAGGAGCAGCUCUGCCUGGUUCAGGACUCCAAUGUCCAGAUGUUUCUGCAGCAGCCAGCUGUGUCUCUGAGCUUCAGCAGUGCCCAGCGGCCAGAGGCUCAGCAGCAGCUGCAGCAAAGGCCUGCUGCAGCAUCUCAGCCCCAGCUUGUGGCCAGCUCUCAACUCCCAGGGCAGAUUACCUCCACCCAAGUCACAAACCAGCACCUGCUCAGAGAGUCAAAUGUGAUCUCCACCCAGGGUCUGAAGCCAAUGAGAAGCUCCCAACUGAUACCAGCCAGUGGCCGCUCAGUGAGCAGCCUGCCAUCCCAGAUCAGCAGCCCAGCAUCUGUGCUCCCUCCAGGCCUGAGCUUGACUGCAGCUGCCGCUGCCUCCCAAGAUGCCAGUCAGUGCCAGCCCAGCCCCGACUUCGGCCACGAUCGGCAGCUCAGGCUGUUGCUGAGUCAGCCCAUCCAGCCAAUGAUGCCUGGGUCCUGUGAUGCAAGGCAGCCCUCAGAGGUCAGCAGGACUGGCCAGCAAGUCAAGUAUGCACAGAGCCAGCCCGUGUUUCCAAGUCCAGACUCGCACCCCGCCAGCAGCAGUGCCUCAACCCCUGUCUUGCUGAUGGGACAGGCGGUGCUUCACCCCAGCUUCCCCACCUCCCAGCCUUCCCCCCUACAGCCGGCGCAGGCCCAGCAGCAGCCACCACACUACCUGCAGGCGCCAACCCCUCUGCACAGUGAACAGCCAGAUUCGCUCCUUCUCUCCACCUUCUCCCAACAGCCAGGGACCCUGGGCUAUGUGACCACCCAGCCCGUGCAGCCGCAGCCUCCACGACCCUCCCGCAGGGUCAGCAGGCUGUCUGAGUCCUCCGGCCUCCAGCAGCCACCCCGAUAGUGCCGGGUAGUGGAGUCGGGAUACAAUCAGCUUUAACCAAUGGAAGAGGGCUGGCCGCAGGAGAUGGAAAGAGGAUUCGCACUGAACCCUUGGCUUUGGCGCACACUAUAAACAUUUCAGAACUCCGAGUUGUGACAUGUCUGGUGCGGGCACAGUGGGAAAAAGAACUUGUUAUACUGGCCAUAAUUCCUUUGCCCUGAGGUUCUCGGCCACCCUCUACAGCCAUACCAGACAGAAACCAAGUGCCCCAUGUGGGCAUCGUUUCUGAGUCUUUCUGCAGAGGUGGCAUCCCUCGCAGCCUUCAGGAGAGAGUGUGCCAUGUACCCUAUGGACUGAUGCUGGUACCAAGCCCUAGCUGGCCUUCGCACUCUAGAUUGGCUUUCUUUCGCAGUCAAGGACUGAAUUAGGAGUCUUUAGAGAGAGAGAAUAAAGAGAUUAUUUUUCAUUAUUUUUAAAUGUUUUUUUUUUAAUUUGCACAGCUGCACAGGGGAACUAACUUAGGCACUUUCUGUUUUUAAAACAAUAAGGUCUCAUGGCUUCAUUUGGAGCCCACAGUAACAAAACAGCCCACCAGUCAGAUAGGGAAGCUGGCCGUUCAUCGAGCGCAGAUCUACAUCCUUGGCCUAAACCCUAAUGAAAUGAAGUCUUUUACACCAUGUCCUACUGGUGGUGACUUUCCUUCCUAAACACAACACUGGAUUAUUGCCAUUGAUGUCACUGAUGGUAACUACAAAAGUGAACUCGAAGCAAAGCACAAUCUUGCAGUUGUUCCAGAAUUCUCUAGAGACCUCUAAGAUUAUGAGGGAAGAGGUUUCACUAGCAAGGUACUGGGAAGUUUGUAGUCUCCUAGGAAACCCCAUCAUGUGCUGGCCCUCUGAGCGAGGGCUCUCCAUCUUUCUACAUAUCUUUCCUGAUAAUUCCAAGGACUGGAUUUUCCUUUUCAAAAUGCACUUUGCUUUUUUUGUAUGUUUUGUUAUGUUGAGAUGUUUCUAAAGAAAAGAUUUUAUGUAAUUAUAAGACAAAGUGUAGUGAAUUGUACAGCUGUUGUAAUAAUGACCUAUUUCUAUAUAAAAUAAAAUUGUACGGAUUAUGUGUAAAUUAUUUUGUAUCUGAGACACCAGUUCCUUUCCCAAAUAUAAAAGUAUAAAAGUUUCCUGUGUUUUCCUGUGAGUGAACAUUUUGUAAUA